AUGCGUAUUUUCCAAUCAAUUCUUCCUCUGUGCCUGCUGUUCGCUGGGGGCUUCGCGAAGAAAGACUCAUACGAUGAAUUUCGUCAGCUAUCCCAGCGCUCUUCGCCUUUGAAGCUGAAUGAUGCCACCUAUUCUUCUUUAACAGCUGCUCCAAGAAAUCAUAGUGUGGCUGUCCUCCUCACGGCUUUGGAAACCAGGUUCGGCUGCCAGCUUUGCCAAGAAUUUGCGCCUGAAUGGGAGGUUCUCGGACGAAGUUGGACUCGAGGCGACAAAGCCGGCGAGUCGCGACUCAUCUUUGGUACGCUGGAUUUCGCUGAUGGUCGAGAGACCUUUAUCUCGCUUGGCCUCCAAACCGCCCCGGUGCUCCUCCUCUUCAACCCGACUAUUGGACCCCAUGCUGCUGCCUCUCCGGAGCCUGUUCGAUACGAUUUCACGGCAGGGCCUUCCGCAGCUGAGCAAGUUCAUUCCUGGAUCUCUCGGCAGCUUCCCAAUAGACCACACCCACCUGUGCAACGACCCUUCAACUGGCUUCGAUGGGCCUCCACCGUGACCAUUGUCCUCGGCGUCGGCACUGCGUUGGCCAGUGCGUCUGCUUAUGUGCUGCCUGUCAUUCAAAACCGCAACAUUUGGGCUUCCAUCAGCCUGAUUGCCAUUCUCCUCUUUAUUAGUGGUCAUAUGUUCAACCACAUUCGGAAAGUUCCAUACAUUGUUGGAGAUGGCCAUGGCGGCGUCAGCUAUAUCGCAGGAGGCUUCCAGAACCAGCUUGGAUUGGAAACCCAGAUCGUGGCUGCUAUAUACGGUGUCCUCUCAUUCUGUGCCAUUACCUUGGCUGUCAAGGUUCCUCGCAUGGCCGAUGCCAAAACUCAGCAGGUCGCGGUUGUCGUUUGGAGCGUUAUACUAUUCCUGGUAUACAGCUUUCUCCUAAGCGUCUUCCGCGUCAAGAACUCUGGCUACCCAUUCUCCUUGCCUCCUUUCAUUCCAACUGCUGGCCAAUCAGAGCACCAAUCGAGAUCGAAAGCCCUGAAAUUUCUGGUUGGAAAGUUCGGCUGUAUUCCCAGACAUUUUCGACUUCGACUUUCAAGCCCAUCAUCAAGCUUUUCAGCACCAGUCGUCGCCAUGGGUAUCGAUCUCGACCGCCACCACGUCAAGGGCACUCACCGCAAGGCCCCCAAGAGCGACAAUGUCUACUUGAAGCUCUUGGUCAAGCUUUACCGCUUCCUGGCCCGCCGAACCGAUGCCGCCUUUAACAAGGUUAUCCUUCGACGACUCUUCAUGUCCAAGAUCAACCGCCCUCCCGUUUCUCUGUCCCGAAUUGUUUCAAACAUCAACAAGGAGGGCGAGAAGCGCACCGUCGUCAUUGUCGGCACCGUCACCGAUGACAACAGACUUCUGUCUUUCCCCAAGGCCACCAUCGCCGCUCUGCGAUUCACCGCCACCGCUCGUGCCCGAAUUGCCGCUGCCGGUGGUGAGGCCAUCACCCUGGAUCAGCUCGCUCUCCGUGCUCCUACCGGAAGCAACACCCUGAUCCUCCGUGGACCCAAGAACAGCCGUGAGGCCGUCAAGCACUUCGGCAUGGGCCCACACAAGCACAAGAAACCCUUCGUCCAGUCCAAGGGACGCAAGUUCGAACGCGCUCGUGGUCGCAGACGCUCACGUGGUUUCAAGGUCUAA